UGACGUGACGUAUAAUCUAGUGGACGGGACACCUCUUCGACAACGACAGCUAAUCAGUCACUUAGAUAGCUUGCUAGCCAACAAAUACGAACAUAUUUGAGCUAUUUAGACGUUUUCGGUGUAUAUUAAUCACUGUGUUUUAAACACACGUCUGUCGUAUCUACUAGUUACCCAUCCCAGCUUCAUAUUUACGUUGUCGGGUUGCUAACUGGUUAAAUUAGCAUUAGGCUAGUAGCUUAUGCUAACUAUCUAAAUUGGCUUUCUUAAUAACAUUCCGGACCAUGAGCUCACUAAACUACUCUCCCCCUGCAAAAGAAGAGGACGUCUGCUGGACCGAGAAACAGGGUAUGUGGCUUAAUAUUGUCGUGAAAGAAGAGGAGGAAGAGAAGGAUGUCACAGUGAAAGGCGAUGAAGAAGCUUCCAGAGUGAAAGCUGAGGAUCAGGAAGAGAUUACUGUCACAACGAAAGAGGAGGACGAGGAAGAAGAGUAUGAGACUGGAGAUAUGAUUAACACCACAGAGAGACCAGACUUGGCAGAGGAACCAGAGCCAGAGACUUCCGAACCAGCAAGACGACAUCACUGUUCCUACUGUGGAAAGAGCUUUAACCAGUUAGGGGACCUAAAGAAACACGAGAGGAUACAUACAGGAGAGAAGCCUCACAAAUGCUCCCAGUGUGGACAGUGUUUUACCUGGUUACAGAAUCUAAAACAACAUCAAAUAAUACACACAGGCGAGAAGCCUUACCAAUGCUCUCAGUGUGAAAAGGCUUUUACCCGGUUAGCACAUCUGAAAGAACAUAAAAUAGUACACACGGGAGAAAAACCUUUCCACUGCUCUCAGUGUGAAAAGCGAUUUACCAAGUUAGGGAUCCUAAAACAGCACGAGAAGACGCACACCGAAGAAAAGCCCUACCAUUGCUCUCAGUGUGGAAAAAUAUUUUCCUUAGCAAAGUACCUGAAAGAGCAUGAAAAAAUACAUACAGGAGAAAAACCUGGAGAGAAGCUUUUUCUCUGCUCCCUGUGCGGAAAGAGUUUUACCCAGUCAACCCACCUGAAAUCCCACACAAGAACACACACGGGGGAGAAGCCUUAUCAAUGCUCCGUUUGUGGGAAGAGUUUUUCUCAAUCAAGUUGUCUGAAAAAACAUAAGAGAAUACACACCGGAGAGAAGCCUUACCACUGCUCCCUGUGCGGAAAGAAUUUUACCCGGUUAGAUUACCUGAAAUCACAUAACAGAACACACACAGUUGAGAAGCCUUUACACACAGUUGACACAGUUGAGAAGCCUUUACACACAGUUGAGAAGCCUUUACACACAGUAGAGAUGCCUUUAAACACAGGAGAGAUGCCUUUAAACACAGGAGAGAAGUCCUCAUUGGAAGAUGGGGUAGAGGCUGACACAAUGGAAGAGGAGGUGGUAGACACUUUCAGAAUUAAAAAGGAGGAAGAGGAGGCAAUCACAUUGAAAGAAGAUGUUCCUACAGUGAAAGAAGAGAAAGAACCCCUUGGAGUAAAAGAGGAAGAGGAGGCUAUCACAUUAAAUGAAAAGGAGGAUGUUCUAAUGGAAGAAGAGGAAGAACCUGUUGGAGUGGAAGAGAAGGUUAUCUCAAAAGAGGAAGACGUUUUGGGAGUAAAAGAAGGCGGGGAUGAGGAGGACGAGCCUGAAGAUCCGAAUAACACAAUGUUGUUUAUCCAGCUCACUAAACUACUCUCCCCUGCAAAAGAAGAGGACGUCUGCUGGACCGAGAAACAGGGUCUGUGGCUUAAUAUUGUCGUGAAAGAAGAGGAGGAAGAGAAGGAUGUCACAGUGAAAGGCGAUGAAGAAGCUUCCAGAGUGAAAGCUGAGGAUCAGGAAGAGAUUACUGUCACAACGAAAGAGGACGAGGAAGAAGAGUAUGAGACUGGAGAUAUGAUUAACACCACAGAGAGACCAGACUUGGCAGAGGAACCAGAGCCAGAGACUUCCGAACCAGCAAGACGACAUCACUGUUCCUACUGUGGAAAGAGCUUUAACCAGUUAGGGGACCUAAAGAAACACGAGAGGAUACAUACAGGAGAGAAGCCUCACAAAUGCUCCCAGUGUGGACAGUGUUUUACCUGGUUACAGAAUCUAAAACAACAUCAAAUAAUACACACAGGCGAGAAGCCUUACCAAUGCUCUCAGUGUGAAAAGGCUUUUACCCGGUUAGCACAUCUGAAAGAACAUAAAAUAGUACACACGGGAGAAAAACCUUUCCACUGCUCUCAGUGUGAAAAGCGAUUUACCAAGUUAGGGAUCCUAAAACAGCACGAGAAGACGCACACCGAAGAAAAGCCCUACCAUUGCUCUCAGUGUGGAAAAAUAUUUUCCUUAGCAAAGUACCUGAAAGAGCAUGAAAAAAUACAUACAGGAGAAAAACCUGGAGAGAAGCUUUUUCUCUGCUCCCUGUGCGGAAAGAGUUUUACCCAGUCAACCCACCUGAAAUCCCACACAAGAACACACACGGGGGAGAAGCCUUAUCAAUGCUCCGUUUGUGGGAAGAGUUUUUCUCAAUCAAGUUGUCUGAAAAAACAUAAGAGAAUACACACCGGAGAGAAGCCUUACCACUGCUCCCUGUGCGGAAAGAAUUUUACCCGGUUAGAUUACCUGAAAUCACAUAACAGAACACACACAGUUGAGAAGCCUUUACACACAGUUGAGAAGCCUUUACACACAGUUGAGAAGCCUUUACACACAGUUGAGAAGCCUUUACACACAGUAGAGAUGCCUUUACACACAGUAGAGAUGCCUUUAAACACAGGAGAGAUGCCUUUAAACACAGGAGAGAAGUCCUCAUUGUAAAUAAGAUUUUUUUUCUUAAUUAACUUGCCUGGUAAAAAAAGAUAUGAAUAUGAAGAAUGUAGUAAUGUCUAGUAAUGUCUAGUAAUGUCUAGUAAUGUCU